AUGGCCGACUCUCGUCAGAGGACUAUCAUUCAGGUGUUCCGCAAGUAUAGUCACUCGCUUGGCCCUGAAGCACUCCAAUUCAUAGAGAAUGUCCUUCAUCAACAUGACAUUUCCGAGGGAAACGUGGAAUACUCAGUUGAGAUGUUUGCAAAGGAGUACAACAAACAAGAUGAUGCUGCCAUGAAAGUCUCAUUGAGCAUUCUGAAGCGCGUUUAUGACACACUUCAAGAUCAAGGUGCCGAUGCAGACGCAUUAGACGCUGAAUUACUUGACCCCGAGAGCCACCUCCAUAUCAUUGAUGCGUUCGAAAUGCCCUUGUGGAACUGGUCGCAGGAAAGAGGGACCUUCGAAAAAUUCUCGGGUCCUCUAACGAUUGCCGGCAGCGCUGACACUCGUGUCAUGGCCACCCGCAACAGGCUUCAUAUAAUAAAACAAAGCGUCUUACGAAAUGAACAUUUCUCUCCAUCAACUCUCCCGUCUCGCGACCGUGAGCGUCUUGUAACUCUCAAAUCAACGAAACAGCUACUUGGACGUGCGGGUGAUCGCUUUUUACUCUUAGGUCUGCUGGUGCACAACAAGGAAGGAAAGCUUUGUAUUGAAGACUCAGAUGGUAGUGUAGAGCUCGACUUGUCCAAAUUGGGCGAACCCGGCGAGGGCCUUUAUACUGAGGGUUGCCUCGCACUAGUCGAAGGAGAGUACACAGACGAAAACACGCUCGAAGUAGUCGCCAUUGGUCAACCGCCGUGCGAAGACCGUGAGACAGCCAGGUCAAUAUAUGGCCAUAUCGACUUCUUGGGUAAAGGCUCGACGUCCCUCCUUGAAGAUAGUAACUUCACACGGCGGAUUCGCGAAGAUCUUUCAGACUUGUACUUUUUCUUUCUAUCCGACGUGUGGCUCGAUGAUCCUCGCACCUUUGUUGGGCUCCAAAAGAUGUUCGACAACUGUGUGGCUAACAGUUUCAUUCCAAAAGUCAUCGCCCUAUGCGGCAACUUCACUAGUCGGUCACUAGCCCAAGGGAAUGCUAGGGACAUCCAACGAUAUCAAGAAAACUUCGACACCCUGGCAGAUCUCAUAGCUUCGUAUCCACAAGUCACCCGCACGACGCACUUUAUCUUUGUGCCAGGGCCGUUAGAUAUAACUAGCAGUGGAACGCUGCCCCGACGACCACUGUUAUCCACAUUCACAUCUCAGCUAAAAUCUAAGAUCCCAAGGGUUCAUUUUGCCACCAAUCCAUGCCGAAUCAAGUUUUUCGGACAAGAAAUCGUGAUUUUCCGUGAAAAUACAAUGGCUAGAAUGCUUCGAAACACUGUUGGUGUAAAACCUCAUGUUACUGGAGAGGAACUACGGCGAUACUCAAUCCUGGAUCAAAGCCAUUUAGUUCCUCUGACCUCGAGCAUACUGCCAACCCUUCCAGAUUAUGAUCACAGCCUACGGUUAUACCCCCUUCCGACAGUAGUGAUCCUCGCCGACAAAUAUGAGAAAUAUAAGUUGACAUAUUCGGGAUGUCAUGUUUUUAAUCCUGGAAGUUUCGUGGGCAAGGACUUUUCAUUCUCGACGUACUGUCCCGCCGAGCUAGCAUCCGAAGAAGGGUAA